GCUGUUGUAUGCUGUUCUCCUCCCUCUGUCCCAUGUAUUGAAAAGAAAUUUUAAGCUAUGUUCCAACGUCUAUGUAUUUAACAUUUAUGUAUCUGUGAUAUUAAAAACAAACAAAAAUCAAACAAAGAAACCACGCAAGUCUAGUCACCAAUGAAGUUGCUUACACCAAAACAAAAGACACGUACUCCAAUGAUGAUGAUGCUUACACCUGCAACCUUGUGCAAGUCAACCACGAACAAACUUACAUUUAGUACUAACGACUAAAUGACUUUAUCGCGCGUAUCCAAACCAUGGGCUAAUUACGUCUGUAACCCAACCACCCCUCGUAACCCAAUCACCCCGGGCCACCACUCGGCACCGUGCCCGGGGAAUAAUCCCGCGCAAGCAUCAUCCCGCCCUUUGUUAGUCCGGCAUUCACGAGCAACCCUUCCCCGAGUACACACGUGUGUCACUGUAUCUAAUCGCUUUCGCUUUGGACGUUUCUUUUGUACCCAGUCGUGACCGUUUUGCCGAUUACGCUUCGAAUACCAUCUAUUCCAACACUCGCCGUAUCGCAUUUACACAAUCGCGACCGUUUCGCCGAUUACGCUUUAAAUACCAUCUAUUUUCAGCACUCGCCGUAUCGCAUUUAUUCCGUUCUACUCCCGAACUUCACCCUCGGGACAAUUUACGCUUGUGGAAUACCAACUCACCACCUCGACCUUUCGUGAUGCCUCCCAAGAGAAGAGCAACCGUCAACCACAAGCUUGUGAGGGGAGCCAAGCAGCCCAGGACAACCAGAAGACAAACCCCUGGAGUACACAUUGUACAGGAGGCAACAGCUGAUGUAGGCACUCCGAGGUCCGCACAACCCAGGGGUUGCUGUCCUACAUGGAAACCAUAAGGACGGCGGCACUUCGAUUCGGGGGGGAUGCCUGGUCAACCUACGACCAACAAUUCCGACACAGAAUGUCAAGGGACCCCUCACGACGCUGGGACAACAUCGACGGGGAGUUGUGGUUGAAGUACAUGGUAACACAGCCGGUACGACAACCAGAAUCGGGCGGACGGGGCGCAAUGACACGCGUACAGGGGGACAUCGCCAUUCAGGUAUGCUGGGAUUUCAAUAAAUUUGGCUGUAGCAGGGUUAACUGUAAGUACACUCACAAAUGCGGUAAGUGUGGCAAACAUUCCCAUAGCUCUAGGACCUGCUUUCGAGGGAAUGGGGUCCAACCGACCCCAUACAAGCCCAAUCAGCCUUUUCCUAACAGAAAACAAGCCGGCAAGGCAGGUAAAUUCAAUGGCCCCUUCCCCCGUGGACCUCAAUGAAAUGGCACCUUGGUUACGCCAAUAUGCUAGGGUCAAUUACAGAGAUGCAAAUUAUUUAUGGGUAGGUUUUAGCUUUGGCUUUAAGCUCGAGUUCCAGGGAAGCCGCACGGGUUGCCUGGCACGAAACUUGCGAUCAGCCACGCACCAAGACACGGCAGGCUACGUGAAACAAAAACUACAAAAGGAAGUCGACCUUGGCAGGAUGGCGGGCCCCUUCAAGGACACCCCCCUAGACAACCUCCAAGUAUCCCCAAUAGGCCUGGUGCCCAAGAAGCAGCCAGGAUAUGGUCAGCACCUGGGUAAGCAUGCGGAGGAAUUCCGUCUAAUUCACCAUCUAUCCUAUCCCAGGGGUAAAUCUAUAAAUGACUUCAUAGACACAGAGGCCUGCUCCGUUGUGUACGCCAGAUUUGAUGAAGCUACCCAUAUGGUUCAACAACUGGGAAAGGGAGCACUUCUAGCAAAAUUCGACAUUCAGUCGGCCUUUAGAAUUAUACCAGUCCACCCAUCCGAUUUCGAGCUGCUAGGCAUCAGAUUCGAAGGUGAGUUCUAUUUCGAUAAAUGCUUACCAUUUGGUUGCUCCAUAUCUUACGCCAUAUUUGAAACGUUUAGUACCUUCUUGCAAUGGUGCAUGCAACCGCAUCUUCCAACGCGUCCGAUCAUGCAUUACCUGGAUGACUUCCUAACGGGGGGCACAGCAGGCACCAGCCACUGCUCAGACAACCUCAACGGAUGCGUGAAUACACUUGAACAGCUUGGGGUUCCUAUUGCGCAGGACAAGACGGUGGGCCCCACAACCAAACUGACAUUCCUAGGGCUGGAAAUCGACACCAUUGCAAUGCAGAUCAGAAUCCCAUAGCCCAAGAUCAAGGAGGCAACAAGAGAAAUCCAUGACAUCCUGUCAACAGGUAACAUCAAGGUCACAAAAAGGGCCCUUCAGUCCCUCAUAGGCAAGCUUAACUUUAUGUGCAGGGCUAUACCAAUGGCUAGGGCAUUCAGCCGCAGG